CACUCAGAAAGUCAUUACCAAAAAGAAACGCACGUACGAUCGGACAUCGCCCUUUGACCCCGUGAUGUACCUACAUACCAGUAACCAACUCAGCCAUGGCCAUCACCAUGACUCAGCAAAGACAACAGUUGUGUUGUCGUCCUGGGAUCCACCUUCCGUCGUUAGCUCAGCCUGGAGGACAUUUUCAGCAGGUCGGAGGAUAGAAUGACCCUAACAUAGAACAUGAUGUCGACCGGUUUCAACCUGUUCCUGGCGGUCGCCGCCAUCUUGUCCCAGCACGUCCGAACAGCCGACAUCCUGGUCGCGACGUUGAUGUUCGGCAGCGCCUGGCUGGACGUGGCGAAGAUUGCCGAAGUCUUGGCUUCCCGAGGACACGUCGUCACCGUGUUGGCCCAUGCAAGCCAGAAGAGCGACCUGAUGCGGAAAUGGCCAACAUUGCAGUACGAAACAUUUGGAGAUCCUGGAAAAACACCGGCUGUGAAGGAGUAUCUAAAAACUUUGACUCAGACGGUGGCGUUUUCUUCAUCUGGAGUGUUAGACCUCCUAACCCAUACAAACACCUAUUUCUCAUAUAUGAUGGAGCUUAAUGAAGAGACAUUGAGUGAUACACAACUACUGAGGAAACUGAAGAACAGCCACUAUGACGUUGUCCUGACGUAUCCUGCCUUCUCUUGUGGGCCCCUCGUGGCGCAGUACUUGGACCUACCGCUAGUCUGCACACUUCGUUCUCUGCCUUUAGGACAGGACAUCCGAGCCACCGGUGUCCCCAAUCCUCUCGCCUACGUACCAACAGUGUUGUCAGGUCUGUCAGACAAGAUGACAUUUUUGCAGAGAGUGAAGAACGUCCUGGUUUACUUCGUAGCGACCACCAUGGCACAGAUGGUCAUCGACAAGACUUUCGACGAUAUUGCAAAAAGAACUAUUGGCGACAAUUAUACAAUGUCCGCUGCUCUUGCAAGAACCGACGCAUGGCUCUACCAAUCAGAUCUCAUGUUCGACUUUCCGAAACCCAUGAUGCCAAAUAUGGUCAGCAUAGCAGGUCACAUGGCAGAGCGAGUCAAGCCGCUCAACGAGGCGCUGGAGAAGUUUAUGCAGAGUUCUGGAGAUGACGGAGUUGUGCUGGUAACGUUCGGUUCCAUGAUAGCGGCUAUGCCCGCAGAGAUAGCCGACAUGCUGGCCGCUGCUUUUGCCCGCCUGCCGCAGAAGGUCGUGUGGCGCUACACCGGAACACCUCCGCCAAGUCUGGGGCCAAACACCAAAACCAUGGAGUGGGUGCCUCAAAGCGACCUGCUAGCUCAUCCCAAGACAAGGGCGUUUGUAUCACACUGUGGCUUCAACGGAGUAGCUGAGGCCAUGUACCACGGGGUGCCCGUGGUCGGCAUGCCGCUAAUGAGCGAUGCUCAUGACAACAUUGCACGGAUAGUGGCACGUGGGAUGGCGGUGUCACUGGACAUCCACACCGUAACGUCAGAAGAGGUGUACCAAACCAUCACUACCGUUAUUUCAGAUCCUAGGUACAAGGAGAAAGCCGACAAGGUCUCCUCGCAUCUUCGUGACCAACCACAGUCGCCCAUGGAGCGGGCAGUCUGGUGGAUAGAACACGUCAUCAAACAUGGCGGCCUCCCUCAUCUCAAGUCGAGGGCAGCCGAACUUCCCUUCUACCAGUACUACCUUUUAGACGUCAUUGCCCUGAUUUUGGCUGUUAUAUCUGCUGUGUUGAUGUCUUGUUGGAAGUGUUGUCCUUUUGCAUGUGGCUUGUGCAAGCGGGGUAAGACUAACACCAAACUGAAAAGUCAGUGAGUGACCGUUUUCUAAAGCUAAAGAACAAUGACCGACAGCACGUUUUCAAGGUCAUUGCUUUUUGAGUGAGAUGUAUACCAUCUAGAAGCAAAGACAGUUAGUUUGUUU